UAGGGCGUCGUCAACCACGGCACGAAAAAGAGCAAACACCCAGGGUGGGUACGUUAAACUCCAAGAGAUUCCAUCGGASAAUAAAAGAUAUCAGUGUAGAAGGAAAAUGGCGGACUUGCUACCAGCUCUUUCGUCCGACGACGAAAAUGGAAUCAUUGAUGAUGACGAUGACGACGASGAGGAGGAGAAAAUGGACAUUGUUUUCGGGGGUCUCUUGGUAAGUGUUUUCGUCUGGAUUUUUGGCAGCAUCGGGAAGAGUGGGACGRCUGAAAGAUAAUGGUGGAAGCAAGGUCUAGCGCGAACUGACGUUUUGCGAUUUAAUAAACUGUUGAACGAAUGGUCCAAACAGGGUGAAGAUGGUGGCCUACCCUCCGGCUUGCUCGCAGGAGAACAAAAGGGCUGGUCAUAUCAAACGGCCCUGGAUAAAAUCGAGCAGGAAAACAGUAAUUCUGCAUUCAAAGCACCGGAACGGAUGGAUCUCGCUUCCAUCAUUGCUGCGAAGAGGCAGAUUCUAAAAAAGAAAACUAGCUCUAAGCAACAACAACAAAACUCGGACGAAGACCCCACKGAAGCAGAAAAGUCUGAUGACGAGUCGAGCGAAACAGGAUCUGAUAGCGACAAAUCUAGAGAUAACGAUGAMAAAGAGAAGGAUAGCGAUGAGGGAGAUAGCGACAGCAGUGACGAUGACUCGGACGACGACGCAGACGAUGAAGUAGAUGAUGCAAAUAACAAUACGAUGGAAGAAGAUGUUCUCAAAACCCGCAUUGGUGAAGUGGAGGAGGACGAUGAGGAAGAAGAAGAUGAGGAUGAAGAGGCACGGAAAGAGGCCGAGAAGGCUGCCAAGUUUUUUGACAAUGAAUCUGGAAAGAAAAAUUCCACCGAUGAAAUCGAAGCCUUCACGCAACUUACGCUAUCCCGUCCGUUGCUUCGUGGUAUUGUUGCCAUGGGAUACGUGAAACCGACCAAAAUUCAGGCGUCGGUCAUUCCAGUCGCUCUUGCAAAAAGAGAUAUUUGUGCCAGCGCUGUAACCGGUAGUGGAAAGACGGCUGCAUUUUUGCUGCCCAUCCUUGAGCGACUUAUAUAUAGACCACCUGGUCGGACCAAGGCUCUCGUCCUGACACCAACCCGUGAGCUUGCAGCCCAGUGCAUGGGAAUGAUUUCGACACUAACGCAAUUUACAAAAAUAACUUCCGUUUUGGUGGUUGGAGGAUCGAAAAACAUGAACGCUCAAAUUUCUGAGCUGAGGACUCGACCACAAAUUAUUGUCGCCACACCCGGAAGAUUACUGGAUCACGUUACUAAUUCAGCAGGUGUUUCACUGGAAGAUGUGGAAUUCUUGGUGCUCGAUGAGGCAGAUCGACUUCUCGACUURGGAUUCCAAGACGAAGUGAACGAAUUGAUCAAGGCAACUCCAAUCGAUAGGCAAACUCUGCUGUUUAGUGCGACCAUGAACACAAAGGUCGAUGACUUGAUCAAGCUUAGUCUCAAGAGACCCGUCCGCAUUCGGAUUAGUGACAAGAGCAGCUCCAAAGAUCUGGAGGUCGCACCACGGCUGGAGCAAGAAUUUGUUCGUGUUCGAUCUGGAAACGAAGGGAUCAACCGUGAGGCUAUGCUGAUCGCGUUAGUAACGCGAACCUUCUCCACACAGACCAUUGUCUUUUUCGAUACAAAAGCAAAGGCUCAUCGUAUGAUGAUUCUCUGUGGUCUCUGCGGGAUCCAGUGCGCCGAGCUUCACGGCAAUCUUACCCAGGYGCAACGCCUCGAAUCGUUGGAAAAAUUCAGGAAAGGCGAGGUCGAAAUUCUUCUGGCAACAGAUCUUGCAGCGAGAGGCCUCGAUAUCAGCCGCGUAGAAACCGUCGUCAACUUUGAAAUGCCAAACCAGGUUGAGACCUAUAUCCACCGCAUUGGUAGAACAGCUCGAGCUGGCCGCCGGGGAAAGAGUUGCACCCUUAUUGGAGAGGGAAGACGACACUUAAUGAAAGAGAUCAUGAAAGACGCUACUGAUAGAACAAAGAUUGCGAGUGAUAAUCAAACGCARAAAGCAGUUAUUAGAUCUCGAUCCAUCCCCGCGGCUGUAAUUGCUCAUUUUGUGAAGAAAAUURAGUCUUUGGAACCRCAUGUGGAAGAAGUUCUGCAAGCUGAAGCCGUUGCAAAAAUGGAUCGUUUGGCCGAAAUGGAGGUUAUGAGAGCGCAGAACAUAAUAGAACAUUCCGACGAAAUCAAAUCAAGACCCCAGCGCCAAUGGUUUGCGUCGGAGAAGGAGAAAAAGAGUACGAAGGAGGCCGCAGCCGAGAAAGCUAGACUUAUCAAAGAAAAGGUAGGAACUGGAAAACACCGUAUGACGAGAAAGAAACGCCGAGCUCGUGAAGCUAGAGAAAUGUUUGAGAACAUGGGCGACGAGGAUAAUGACGAACCUGCCUACCAGCCCGAAGUAUCCAUGAAAAAAGCUGCAAGAGAACACAAACGAGAUGCUUACGASAAGGAAGCGAUGAAAAACAGUAAGAGUGUUCACGAUUAUGAUGUUGAAAGAGCUGAAAGAAAGAAGCGCAAAGGGAGAGCUGGAUCAGAUGCUCUGGGCGAUAGUGCUUUGUUCGCCGACGAGAUAGUUGCAUAUGCUCCAAAGAAGACWAAGACCGAAGGUGAAGAAAGGGCAAAGAGUGCAUUCAAUUUCAGAGGCUAUAACCCAGACAUGGCAGGUAAGAAGAAACCAAAGGCAAAGGCGCACCACAAGUUUAAGUCGAAGAGCAAAUACAGGCGGCGUUAAUUAAAUUUARUCAGUUCAGAA